AUGGAUCAUACUUCCAAGGACAACGGUCUUGAUACCAAGCCUGAGGAUCAUCAUGUGGAAGAUACAACGCGUCAAGGUUUGGCCGCACCUGAAGAGCCUUCGCAACCAGAGAACACAUUGGCCAAUAGGCCCGAGCUCAAAGAAGAAGACGCCUAUGAGCACCUCGGCUACUCCUACCCAACAUGGAGGAAGUGGCUUAUUCUCACCAUCAUGUUCCUGAUCCAGAUUAGUAUCAAUCUCAACGCGUCUUUGUAUGCCAACGCUGUCGAUGGCGUGGCUGAAAAGUUCCACAUCAGCCAGCAGGCCGCACGCGUACCGCAACUCACGUUCCUCUGUGCAUACGCCUUUGGCUGCGAACUCUGGGCGCCCUGGUCCGAGGAGCUCGGUCGCUGGCCGACCCAGCAGCUCAGCCUCCUCCUGGUCAACAUCUGGCAGUUUCCGUGUGCAUAUGCGCCCAACUAUGCCACACUCGUAAUCUGCCGACUCCUGGGCGGGCUCUCGACAGCCGGAGGGAGCGUCACGCUCGGUGUUCUGGCUGACAUGUGGGAGCCCGAGGACCAGGAGUACGCCAUCGCCUUCCUCGUCUUGAGCUCUGUCGGUGGCUCCGUGGUCGGUGCCGUCGUGGGCGGCUUUGUGGAGGCGAGGCAGCCGCUGCAGUGGAUUUUCUAUACGCAGCUCAUCGCCGGCGGUGCUGUGCAGCUCCUGCACUUUGUCUGCGUCCCCGAGACCCGGUCCACAAUCAUGCUCGACCGGCUGGCGAAGAAGAGGCGAAAAAAUGGGGAGAACAUUUGGGGCCCGAACGAGGUUAAGAAGAGGCGUAUGACAGCGCGGGAGGUCUUUGUCAUCUGGAGUCGACCGUUCUACAUGCUGAUCACCGAACCGAUCGUGGCCUGGCUCUCGGCCGUGAGUGGCUUCAGCGAUAACCUCAUCUUCAUUUUCCUACAGGGGUUUCAGCCGGUCUACAAGCAAUGGGGCUUUGGCACUAUCGGGAUCAGUCUGGCGUUUGUACCCCUGCUUGUUGGUUACAUACUCGCCUACUUUUCCUUCCUGCCAUCGAUCCACAUGUUCCGUCAGCGCAGGAGGAAAGAUGGGCCAGACUCGGUCUCCCCAGAGGCCAGGCUUUGGUGGCUUCGGUACGUGAUCCUCCUUGAGCCCAUCGGGCUGAUCGGCUUCGCGUGGACAUCGCUCGGCCCAAGCUACGGCAUCCCCUGGAUCGCGCCCAUGAUCUUCUCCUGCCUCGUGGGCAUCGCCAACUACUCCAUCUACCAGAGCUCCAUCGACUACACGGUCGCCGCCUACGGGGUGUACGCAGCCUCCGCGACAGGUGGCAACGACUUUGCCCGGGACUUCCUCUCGGGCAUUGCGGCCUUGUAUUCGAGCCCCAUGUACAGCAAUAUCGGGAAGCAGUACCCGCUGGAGUGGGCGAGCACGAUCCUGGCGAUUAUCGCUGUGUUUGUCACGACGCCUGUGUUUUACUUUUACAGCCAUGGGGAGAAAUUACGGCUGAAGAGCAAGUUUGCGGCAGAGAUUGCGAGGGAAAGGGAGGCGAAGAUGGCUGAGAAGAACUCAUCAUCAGCGCAUGAUGGUGGGCGAGGAGAAAAGGCCAUGCCAUCUGAUCAGGUCUGA